UGUCUCUGAGGACCUAAGCGGCCAAACAUCCGGUUCUACCGCGCUUAAACACUUAUAUUCAUCCAAAUUUUUGGAAUUUUGCGAUAUUUAAAGAACUCAAAACACUUGCUUAUUCAGGUGUCUGCAUUAUCGCUUGAUUGUCUAAUCAAACUACACAGACAAGUCGACCGAAGAUGAGCGAUGCUCGUCGAAAGCGUCACACGGGAUCUGCGAAAACGCGUUCUGAAGGCAAUGCCAAUGGCACCUAUCGAUCGCAGACCGGUCCCACAGUAAAUAACGCUCAUCGGGGACGAAAUAACAACGCACACAGUAGCAAUACAAGAAUGAAUACUUCAGACCGGGUGAAGAAGAUAGUACAGGAGGAGGGUCGCACUGCACGCAAUCUUGUGAUCUACCAUGUACCUGUACAGGAGAAUAGUCAGCCAGAUCGCUCGAGGUAUCGACAAAUGCGCAAGCCAAUCAGCAAGGAGCAGGCUGACCUGAAGACCAAUCAAAAAGCAGACUUGCUGAAGUCCCCGAAAUCUGACAGUGGUAAGAAGCCAGACCUUCGAGCACGCUACUGGAAGUUCCUGUUUGAUAAUCUCCAGCGCUCGGUGGAUGCCAUCUACGAGACAUGCGAACAGGAUGAGAGUGCACUGGAAUGCAAGGAGGUCAUUAUGAUGCUACAACAGAGCACGAAGGAUUUCCAGUCGCUGAUCGAGCGCAUGCAUGUACAGAAGGUGUAUGAAGAGGCUGCUAACCAGGGAGAUAGGCCUACGUCUAUAGCAUGGGAGGUGAGGAAGAUGUCCCCUGGCAAGUCACCCAGCGGUCUGGCUCACAGGACCUCACCCAGUCCUGCACAAAGGGUCCUCAACUUUUCAUUCCCGGAACAAAACAAAACACUUGGGUCCAUGCCAGCAGGCAACAGCUGGGCAGAUAGGGUCAAAGGGACAGUAUGCAUCUCCCCAAUCACUUCCCCUGCUGGCAGUGAGCCAACUCCUGGCAAGGGAGACCACCCAGUCCUGCCUGAGCCACCAGUUCUUUCCCCUGUACCAUCUUCACUGACUGAGUCAGAAAACAUAGACUCAGCAGAGGAAUCUGAUGGCUGGGAGACAGUACAGCGAGGUGGUAAGACCAAGCCCUAUGGUUCACCUUCACAGCGAUCCCUGGAAAACCUUGUUACAAUAGGGGUCAAAACUGAGCACCACAAACUCACUCGCUCUGUGUCAGAUCCUGAUGCAGGGCUGUUCCAGAAACGCCUUCAAAAGUCUGGCACACCUACAGACAAAAAUGGUCGGAUUGUUUCCUCUAAAGAUGUAAAUGAACUGAAAGAUUCCCAAUCAGUAACUAAAGCUGUGUCAUUGUCCAAUGGAGAUAUUAGUAUAUCUGUGCCUAGCACUGAUAAAGAUAAAAACGGUAUAGCUCCAGAUGUGAGUCAGUCAGAUCUCCUCAAGGAAGUUACUUCAAGUAUUACACCAGUGAAAUAUGACUCUAAAAAAUCUACCUCUGUGAUAUCGUCCCCUGAUCUCAAUAAGAAAUCCACAACCAGUGCCAGAAAGUCUGGUAGUGAUUUUUCCAUUAUAGAAAGCACUAAAAAGUCUGCUUCAAACGCAGACAAAUCAGCGAGUACUUUAAAGGUAAAGCCUGUCUCAAACCAGAAAGUGACCCCAAAGAAAACUGAACCGGCAAAAUCUGUAAAGAAAUCUAGCAGACGAUCACCAGUGCCCAGAGACACAAAAUCACCACCCAACAAGUCUCCAGUAGAUGUGGCAAAAGAGGCGGCAAAGGAUGAAAGUAAGAUAGAAGAAUUCGGAAACGAAACAGAAACUGAAAACAAUUCCAUGAAAGCUGAUGAUGUGUGUGCGUUGAUCCGAGAAAAAUUCCGAGCGUCGAUGGAGGAUAUACAGGAGAAUGUGGGCAGUGAUGAUGAAUCUCGGGAGAGGAGGCUGGAUGAUGCCCUGUUGAGUGCAUUGAAUGAGGAGAACAGUCUGACAGUGGAGCUGGAGUUGGAACACAAGCAGGCCUUGGAGUCUGCAAUGAGAGAGGAGGAGACCUGGCUACAGGAGUUGGCUAGAGAGGAGAACACCAGCAUUGAUGUGGAGACAGAGACAGAAAGUGAUCUGGGGAAUACAAUGAGUUCUUUAGAGUUAUCAAACCCUUCUAAUUUGGACUGGGACACACUGGUUGCUGAAUAUGAUGCUAAAGAGAAGGCAGGAUCCUCACUGAGCUGGGGUGAGAUGGUGGAGGAGGCUGACACACGCACGCCUGGAUACGCUGUACACAUGCAUGAGAAGCUCUCGUCGCCAUCAAGAAAAAGGUCGCAUUUACAGUCUCCAACUGAGUCUCGUAAGCGACAUGAGGAGAAGCAGGCCAAGGCCCAGGAGCUGAGGGACAAACUGAUGCAGGAAAAGUCAGAGAGGCUCCGUAUACUCAGUCAGAAGGUAGAAGAGGUGAGAGCAUGGAAGGAAGAAUUGAUGAGGCAGAAACGUGACAUGAUAGAGCGUAAGAUGGCUCAUGCUGAGGAGAAGAGACAGACCAUGCUCAAGUCGAAGGCACAGAAAGCUCAUGAUGAGGAAACAAAGGCCAAUGAGAUUGCAUUCAUCAACUCUCUGGAGGCCCAGAACAAGAGACUGGACAUCAUGUCCAAGCACCAGGAGUCAGAGGCUAGGCUGCAGGACAUACAGGAGGAGAGGCAGAGGAAGCAUGAGGAGAAGAUGGCCAAGGAGGCUGCAGUGGAGGAGAGGCGGCGAGUGCUGCACGCUGACAGAAUGGCGCGGCUCCAGGAGAUCCAGGAGCGCCGUAAGAUCAAGGACGCCCGCGUGGAACAGCAGAAGUGUGAGCGCGAGACUGAGAGGCUGGAGGCCGUACGAGCCAAGGAAAAGGAUCGAGAGGAGAGGCUGGCUAUAUUGAAUGCCCAGCACCAGGCUCAGAAACAAGAGCUACAGAAGAAAAUACAGCAAAAGCAAGAAGAGAGUUCCCAGCGUCACAUGGAGGCUUUGAAGCAGAUCAGAGAGAAGGCAUUUGAGAUGAGCGUUCUGCGUCACUCCACGGAGGACCACAACGAGGCUCCCACCAUCACACCCUACCCCGUCAAGAAGAUGUGCACCAUCUGUAACGCUCUGAUCACAUCGGAGGUGUACUUGUUGAGUCAUCUACGAGGGAAGACCCACCAACAAGCCCUCAAACAUAACAACAAUGGAAUGUCCAUGACCAAACAGCAAAUUGAAACAUUCAACCUUGCCCACAUUGUGAAUGCCCCAGAGAACAACACCCACCCGAAAAUCGUGUCAGAAAAGGAACGAAUCAAGGCCCUCAAGAAACGCUGCAAGAAACUCAAACAGCGCAUGAACACAAGGGGACUGGAAUAUGAGAACUCCCUUCAAGGCAAACAGCCGGUGAUUGAGUCAGAAAACAAGGCCAAGUUGCAGAAGACCAUCCGAGAUAUCACCAAGUACCUGCAGUCCACAGAGAGCGGUCCCUGGUCUCAGAGUAGGUUGUCUGCCCUUGACAGAGCCCUCGGGGAACUCAACAGGAUCUUUGACAAAAAGGUGUUUGCUGACCAGACCAGUUUCCGUCUGCUAGGAGGGCUGACCAUGUUGUGUCGUAUCAUGCAGCUCGUGGACACAGCCAACAUACAGACGGCACCACCUAUACCACAAAAGUCCCUGGUUCUUACCUGUCAGGUGAUGCGUCAGGCCUGCAAGGGCCACUAUGACAACUGCCACUACAUGAUGUUCAGCAACAAGAUCAGCGUUGUUGUGGACCUCAGCCUGCAUCAGCUCACUCUGAUGUUACCGGCAGACUCUAGCAACUCUGCCCCGCCCCUCCUAGAUGCCCCACCCCCUGUCCCGCCCAAACUGCCAUACAAUCUCCUGGGCAUCAGCUUGCUCCAGCUGCUCACCAUCAUGCUGUCCUGCCUGGCCAAGAACAGCCCCUCCACCAAGUCCAGCGAGGCCUCCCUGGAACGCAUGUCCAACACAGUGGACGCCUUCACCAGCCGCGGCAAUGACAUCAUUAGCUACAUCGUCAGUGUAGGAAUUGUGGACCGGGUGACCCAAUACCUACGGAUGGUUCAGGGCCCCAUAGACAGCGACAAGGAUGCGGCAGACUUCAUACAGAACAGCAUCGGUCUACUGGUCUCACUUACCAAGUUCCUCUCCAUCCGAAAAGCGUCCAUUUUUGAAAAGAAGAAGCUUGAGGAGCCUACUCAGCUGAUCUCCACGUUUGAGGUCACUGAGCUGGUCGGGAUUGUGUCUCUGCUGUAUGGCAUGCUGCUGCACUCCGGUACUCCAGGUCACGGUGACACGCCACCCCCGGAGGUCCCCCAGCACACACUGGGCGUUGCCACUGCUGGUCUGAGAAUGCUCAACUACAUGGCCACCCUGGACCUGGAAAUGAUGCAGGAGACACUGGGUGCUGAAGGGACCUCCCUGGAGUUCCGACAUAUUGCCAGUUACCUGAUCUGGUACUGCUCCCAUCACCAGGCAGAGGAACUGCUCCAUGAAGUCAUUCUGUGUGUGGGAUACUUCACCGUCUAUAACACCGAUAACCAGAUGGUGAUCCAGUCUGGCCAGCCUCCCACUGUGCUGCAGCAGUUGUGUGCCCUGCCAUUCCAGUACUUCUCAGACCCACGCCUCGUCAACAUCCUGUUCCCCACCCUUGUCUCCUGUUGCUAUAACAACCAACCCAACACAGAGAUUCUGGAGCAGGAACUUAGCGGCAGUCUACUGGCUAACUUCCUCGAGGAGAAGACGUUGGAGUUGCAACAGAUGGCUGCCCAGCCAGUCUCAGCCAGCAAGAAACCAGACAAAGAGAAGCGAGACAAUCGUGAGGGUGAGCUGCGGAUGAUGUUGUCCAACCGUAUCCCACUGGACCAGUGGACCGUGGUACAGCAGUACUUCCAGGUCAGCUAGUGGAGAAGUGGCUGUCAUGGCUACUUGGCAACAUCACAGUCUAUGGUAAUGGAUCAUCAGUGCUGUUGGAAAUACUCGUUUUAUCUGCCAUUCUUAGAGAAUUGGUCUGGGAAAACCGGGCAUUAUACAUGUUAGUAAAGUGUCGUCCCAGAUAAGCCUGUCCAGUCUGCAAAAGCUAAUCAUGGGCACAUAAACCCUAAAUUGACUUCACUAAGAAGAGGCUUAAUUUGAAUGAAAAAUACUGUAAACGUUGAAAGUGUUAUGCAUCUGCACAGGCUAGUUUGGGACAACAUUUUAAGGGCAUAAAAUGUUUUCCCAGAACAAAGCAUAUUAUGUUCAUGUGGCAUUCAAGUAAGCUCAAGGUGACUUUGGUGCAAUGCGGGACCACAGGCCCUGUCAUCAAGAGAGGAACAUACAGUGCCUUGUAGCAUGGUGCAUUAUCUUGAUGAAGAAAUGAGGUCUCAAGGAUGUCAGGGAUCCACAUUUGAAACAAAAAUCAUACCAUUUGUGUCAUUUUGUUCAUAUUUUAUUCCAGUCUCAUGAAUUGGAUAUUAUGAUCUGAUCUAUCCAUUGAAUCAAGGCACAAGUGGAAAAGUGUUGUAUAUGUUUUAAAUCUCUUUCUUUUUGAUACAGUGAUUUCACACUUAUGAAGUGGUUAGUGAAUGACUGAAUAUAGUGUAUACAUUAGCAUUGUUUUGAAGUUGGAAUACAUCUGUUUGGCACAUUAUUAUCAAAGAUGUUUUGAUUGUGAAAAAAAAUCAGCUUUUGAUUUUAAUAAGGGGCGCCUUUUGAAAGAUAACGAGGACCAAACGUGCUUUUUGAAUUAUACAAAAAUAAAAUAUCACUGAAAAUUGUUAACUGUUUCUAUUGUUACUUGAGGAUUAAAACAUCUUUUUAUUCAUGUAUGCCAUAUUUGGAGGAUUUUCUUAUAUGUGUUAGAAGUGUUUUGUGUUCUUUAAUUUAUCUUAGUGUGUAUAUGUUGAUUUAUUUUAUAAAUGUGUUUGUUUAGUACCACAAUUAGAUUUUAUAUUUGAAUGGAUGUGUUGAAUGGAUGAAUACUGUAUAUGAAACAUGAAAGUUUAUUCACAUGGUAGUAUGGCUGUUCAUAAUAUUUUUAAUAUAUGAAUGUGUGUAUUUAAUGAUGUAUGGUUUUGUUUGUUGUUUUUGUAACUGAGGAUUCUUGCACAUCCAUUAUAUUUUAAUGUAUAUUGAUGGUUGUAAUGUUUAUUUCACUGAUGUUGACGAUAUCCGAGCCAUUCAUGUCCAUUCAGUGUUCUCUGUGAUACUAUUUUAUCAUUCCAUUCAUUCUUGUGGACACAUCCUGGUGGGUAUGUAUUCAGUGUUCAUAUAUUUAUUUCAAAUCACAUUCAUUCUCAUACGAUAGGUUCUAUUUAUUAUUUAAUGGUUAAUAUUUGACAAUUAUAAGUUAAUGCAUUUUGCAUACAGAAAAUUGUCAGUGAACAAAGAAGACACAUUCUUGAUUACAUCACAUUACAUUUUGUCAGUAUUCAUUGUCUCAUUUGCUCAAUACAAAAUAUGUGAGGGAUUUUCAUAAGGAAAUACCAUGGCAUUGCUAUUUCCACUACAGUUACCAUUCUUUUGCUAUGGGAAACAUUACUUGCAUCUUCCCUGGAUAUAUGAUCCAAGUCAUACGAAAAUGGGUCUUAUUUCAUACCCGGCCAGCGUAUCUGCGCAGUCUGGUUAUGAGCUACUCUGUAGGCUAUAGUCACACAAGAUCUGUUAUACCCCCAUUACCAUUGGCUAAAUUUCAUCCUAUCUUCACCAAAUUUGGUCAAAAGUUGUAUCUAGAUGUCUAGGUCAAGUUUGAAUAUGGGUCAUGCCAGGUCAAAAACUAGGUCAAGGGGGUCACUUAGUGUGUUUUAAAGUGAAAGAUUGUCCGGAUUAUAACUAUGUCAUUUAUCGUUAGAUUUUAAAAUGACUUGGUACAUUUGUUCACCAUCAUGGGGCGGUGUGUUAUAUGAAAAAAGUACGUCAAUAUCUCAAAGGUCAAGGUCACACUUGGAGUUCAAAGGUCAAAUGCUUGUCCGGGCCAUAACUUUGUCAUUUAUUGUGAGAUUUUAAAAUCAUUUGGCAAAUUUGUUUACCAUCAUUGGAUGGUGUGUCACGGAAAAGAAUUUUGUCGAUAUCACCAAGAUCAAGGUCACACUUUGAGUUCAACGAUCAUAAAUGAGCUUGUCCAGGCCAUAACCAUGUCAUUCAUUGUAAGAUUUUAAAAUCAUUUGGCACAUUUGUUCACCAUCAUUGGACGGUGUGUUGUGCAAAAGAAUUACGUCAAUAUCUCCAAGGUCAAGGUUACACUUUGAGUUCAAAGGUCAAAAAUGGCCAUAAUUGAGCUUGUCCGGGCCAUAACUAUGUUGUUCAUUGUGAGAAUUUAAAAUCAUUUGGCACAUUUGUUCACCAUCAUUGGACAGUGUCACGCGAAUGAAUUACUUCGAUAUCUCCAAGGUCAAGGUCACACUUUGAGUUCAAAGGUCAAAAAUGGCCAUAAAUGAGCUUGUCCGGGCCAUAACUAUGUUGUUCAUUGUGAGAUUUAAAAAUCAUUUGACAAAUAUGUUCACCAUCAUUGGACGGUGUGUCGCGCAAAAAUACUACGUCAAUAUCUCCAAGGUCAAGGUCACACUUUAAGUUCAAAGGUCAAAAAUGGCCAUAAAUGAGCUUGUCCGGGCAAUAACUAUGUUGUUCAUCGUGAGAUUUUAAAAUGAAUCUGUACAUUAAUUUUGUUUAACAGUUAUUGGACAGCGUGUCAAACAAAUUGUGAAAGAAUUCAAGAGUUCAAAGGUCAAAAUGGCUAUAAAUGAUAAUGGCAUAAUAAUUCUUAAAAAUCGCCAUAAAUUAGAUUCUCUUGUUUUGUGAAGACAGCAUGCAAAAUAGUCUGUGCCAAUGCGGCACGUGGGGGUAUACAUCACGUCUGUGACAAAACUGUAGUUGGUCUCGUUAGCAGGGAUGGUAGUUGCUGACCAGACUGCGCAAUUCACAGACUGGUCAGGAACUGUGCUGGACACAUGGCAUCAGGUCCAUUUUUGCAGGAAGGGUCUCUUUCAGUGCUUGUUUACAAUAAACCUGAACUGUCCUAGGCUUGAUUAGUGUGUGAAGUAUAUUGAAAUUAACUUGGUGACUUGUGAACAUUCACAUUUGAAGAAGUAAUCUAAACAAUUAUGUUGAUCAAUAUAUAAUAAUAGUUGCAUUGUUUCAUUAUCUAUGACGUUUUUCUAGAUUGAUAAUAGAUUUCAAUAAACAUGUUCCAAAAUACAAUUGAAACAGAACAUUUUUAUUUGAGAAACCUGUUGUGUAUAGUUAAGAUUGUUAAAGAGUAUUUUAUAGCAUUAAGCUCUUCCAGAAUAAAACACCUGGGAAGAAUCUUACAAGUGCUAAAGUUUUAGAUGAUCUGAUUAUUCUGACAAUUAAUUCAAACAAACUGUUUUAAUUUCCCAAUCCCAUUACCAAGUGUUUAUUCUAUUCUGACAAUGAUAUUUCUGUUUGUUGCUGAAAUGAGAAUGUCAGUCAGAAGCACUGUUUAAAUGUGAAUGAUGUAUAUUUUCUGAGUUAGAACGUUUGUCUGUAGUUUUAAGGUUUUGAGUUUAAUACUGUCCUCAUUAUAAUGAAUGUCAAAAAUAAUUAGCAGAGCUGCAUUUUAAUAGUUAAAAAAUAGGUUGAUUACAUGGAAAUUGCUUUAAAUAUGAAGGUGAUGUAAAGUUGUUGGCAAAUAUGAUCUGAUAUGCUUAAGUCUUCUGUCAGAGGUGUAUAGAGUAUGCACAUUUGUACCUUCCUCUCCAGUAGAGGCUGUAUUGUUUUUCAGUAGCAUUACUUAUUGAGAAUGUGAACUCCCAAUAGUUUAACAAUCUUAUCCUAAGUUACUAGAAAUGAUAUAGCAUUUACAAAUUAUUGGCCAUUGAUUUUGACUGCUUUGAAUCAUUUGUCUCUUGCUUAUUGCAUCAAAUAUUGGCUGUUGAAAGUUUCUGUUCACUUUCUGUUGUGGAUCUGAUGAACUACAAUAAAAUGUUAUUGUUUGCACAA